UUGCUGUCCAUUAGGCCGGUGCUUCACAAGUCAUGUUCACAAAUCCAUUAGAAAUCGUUAAGAUCCGUCUGCAAGUGGCCGGUGAGAUAACCAGUGGUCCCAAAAUCAGUGCUUUGGGUGUAAUCAGAGAACUUGGAAUUAGAGGACUCUAUAAAGGCUCAAAGGCUUGUUUCCUUCGGGACAUACCGUUUUCAGCGAUCUAUUUCCCGGUGUACGCCCACAUGAAACUAAACUUCGCUGAUGUGAACGGACAUAACAGCGCGCCCUCCCUUCUGAUAUCAGCCAUGAUCGCAGGAGUACCGGCCGCUUAUUUGGUGACUCCGGCCGAUGUCAUUAAAACACGGUUACAAGUGGCAGCCCGUGCCGGACAGACUACUUAUACCGGAGUGAUAGAUGCGGUCAGAAAGAUAUGGAAAGAAGAGGGAGGGAUAGCCUUUUGGAAGGGAGGACCGGCCCGUGUGUUGCGAAGUGCCCCACAGUUUGGGUUUACAUUAUUGACG